AUGAUGAUGAUGAUGUCCGGAGGGUCAACACCUAGAGAAGCACCUCAGACAGGACAGGGAGACAGGCGCCUGUCCCUGGCAGAGCCACUGCCAGCCCAAGGCCGUUCUGCCCUGCACGCUUACUCCGAGCUGCCUGGGAGUAGCGCGCAAGAUGGCGGCGCCCAAGCGCUGAACGAGGGGAGGAAGAUGCUGCUGGCGCUGCUGCGCGGAGGCGGCGCGGCGCUGCGCGUGGGGAGCCGCCUCGGCUUGGAUGUGGCGGCGGCGAGUAUGAGCCCCCUCCUUCAAACAGCCAGAGACUAUGCCAGGCCUGUCCGGAAAAAGAAGCAAGGAAUCCCCAGCCAUUUGGAUGACCUACCUCCUACAAUGCUGAAGAAAGAUUAUGCCAAUCUCCCAGUUGUAGACAAGUUGGACGAUGUUGUAAGAAGGAUGUUGUCUCUGGAAAUGGCAAGCCAGAAGGAGAAAGUGAAAAUAAAGAGAGAGCAGCUGGCAGACAAAGUCCGGAGUACCCCAAAUGAUACCGGAUCCUUUGAGGUUCAAGUUGCACACUUGACAGCCAGGAUCCGCACACUCCGGGAGCAUCUGCAUAUACAUCCCAAGGACAAGUCUAACAAACGCUGCAUGCUGAUGACCAUAGACCGGCGGAGGAUGCUGCUGAAGAACUUGCGCAAUAGCCGCUAUGACGUGUUUGAGAACACCUGCAAGCAGCUGGGCAUUGAAUAUGAUCCUCCCCCACAGUAUCGCCGCAGAGCCACCAAGCGCUGGAUUGCCAAGAAAGCCUUGUGCAUCCGGGUCUUCCAAGAGGCGCAGAAGCUGAAAGCCCCGGAGAGACUGAGGCAGAGGCAAGAGUGGCAACAGAGAGCUUUAGCAGCAAAAGAGCAGGCGCUACAGAAUGAAGGGACCCCAGUAUAAGCAGAACCCGCCCCCUGUGCCAUGGGGGCGGAGCUCAUUUUGAGCAACAGUUCCUGACAAUAAUAGUCAAUAAAUUCUUUUAACUAUCA